AUGGACCUCGUCCUUCUUUGUGUGUUCCUGCCUCUGGUGACCGUGGCAUGGGGCCAGUACGGUGACUAUUACUACGGCCCCUAUAACUAUGGAGAUAAUGAUGAAUGGGUCAACGUGUAUCGGCAAGGUUUCAACUUCCAGUGCCCACACGGGCAGGUGAUCGUGGCCGUCAGGAGUGUUUUCAACAAGAAGGAAGGCUCCGACAGACUGUGGAACUAUGCCUGCAUGCCGGCGGCCCAGAGCCUCGGUGAGCCGACAGAGUGCUGGUGGGAAGAGAUCAACAGGGCAGGAACCGAAUGGUACCAAACCUGCUCAAACAAUGGGCUGGUGGCUGGUUUCCAGAGCCAGUAUUUUCCAUCUGUGCUUGACCGUGAAUGGCAAUUUUACUGCUGCCGCUAUAGCCGGAGAUGCCCAUAUUCAUGCUGGUUAACAACAGAAUAUCCAGGACACUACGGAGAAGAUAUGGACAUGAUGAUGUACACUUAUGACCACUACAUCCGUGGGGCAACCACAACUUUCUCUGCUGUGGACAGGGAUCGUCAGUGGAAAUUCAUUGUCUGCAGGAUGACAGAGUAUGACUGCCCAUUUCAAAAUGUUUAAAAAGAUUGAGUGUACCCCACUUGGAAAGCUUGGGGAUAGACAGAGUGGGAAGAGGGUCAGUGAUUAUGGGAGAAGGGCAAUUAGGCUCAUAAA